AUGGCUCUUUAUAAGAACAACAUGUUUAUAAGUCCGACCGUGGCCGAUCCCAACAAAACUACCUUCCUCGCCGUUAUCACGAUCGUAAUUAUCCUCUGGUAUCUCCUUACAAAGUUCGAUCGACACCUAUAUCGGAUUCCGGGGCCUACCCUAGCCGGUUUCACGUCAUUAUGGAAGACUUGGGACACGCUCAAAGGAGAAUCCCAAUACACAACAAUCAAUCUUCAUCGAAAAUACGGACCACUCGUGCGAAUCGGGCCAAACCACAUCUCAGUCUCAGACCCAGCAGCAGUGAAAGUCAUUUACGCAGCAGGCAAAGGGUUUACCAAGACAGCCUUUUACCCGAUUCAAACGACAGUCCACAAUCGAAAACCGCUGUUUAACUUGUUUGCCACUCGAGACGAACAAUACCAUAGCCGAAUCAAACGACCUAUUGCUCACACUUAUAGCAUGGCUGCUUUGACUCAAUUGGAGCACAAGAUUGACUAUGUGACGAGCAUGUUUAUGACGAAGCUAAGAGAAGACUUUGCUGAACGAGGACGUGUCAUUGACCUGGGACAAUGGUUGCAAUGGUAUGCAUUCGACGUAAUCGGAAAUCUGACCUUCUCGAAGACUUUGGGAUUCAUUGAGGAAUCUCGAGACGUUGACAAUAUCAUCGCGAAUAUCGGAUCCUUCUUUAUUUAUGCCGCCGUCAUCGGCCAGCUCCCAUUUCUUCACAACCUCUUAGCCGGCAAUCCUAUCCUACCUUACUUAUAUCCAGAGAUCGAACAAUUUAAUCCGGCUGUCAAGUUCGCGUUGAAAUGCAUAGAGCAGACCGAGAGCUCAAAAGUCGACCCCCAGCUUAAAGCAAUGGAAAGGAGUUCUCUUGCUUUCGGGGCUGGCUCGCGUGUCUGUAUUGGCAAGAACAUCUCCAUGAUGGAAAUGUCUAAGGUCGUCCCUCAGCUUUUCAGGGAAUUUGAUGUAUCCCUGGUCUCGCCCAAGAAAGACCUUCGAACAGUGAACCAUUGGUUUCUCAACUAUAUCAACUAUAUCAACGCAUAG